AUGAUCCGAUUUAUUCUUAUUCAAAAUCGAGCUGGCAAAACCAGGCUGGCCAAGUGGUACAUGAAUUUGGCCGAUGCUGAAAAACAGAAGCUUAUCGAAGAGGCGCACGCACUCAUUACAGUGCGCGAUGUAAAGCAUACCAAUUUUGUGGAGUUUCGCAACUACAAGAUUGUAUACCGACGUUAUGCGGGCCUCUACUUCUGCAUCUGCGUCGAUGUGAUGGAUAACAGUCUUGCCCACCUGGAAGCCAUCCACAAUUUCGUGGAAGUCUUAAAUGAACUGUUUCACAAUGUUUGCGAGCUGGAUCUAGUGUUCAAUUUCUACAAGGUUUACACGGUUGUUGAUGAAAUGUUCCUUGCCGGUGAAAUACGUGAAACAAGUCAGACAAAAGUUUUGAAGCAGCUUAUGCUCCUCUCAGCUCUUGAAUGA